AUGGCCAUCCAACCACCUGUCAUCCACACCGGCUAUGACAUCCCUCCCCAGCCCCAGGACCCGCCCAGCAGCCAGGACGUGGUGAACGCAGGCAUCUAUGCCCACCGCGUCGAGCUGGCCUUUGGUAAGGAUGUCGUCCCUAGCAUUCCCGUCGUCCCUAAUCAAUCUUCAUCAGCUAUGGGCGGGACAGCCGCACCGUCCGUCGAUGCCGUCGCUGAGGCGCACAAGUUCCACCACAGCGUUACAGCGGCAAAGGCAGCAGAAGCUGCUGCUCCUCCCUGGUUUCACACUGCCAUGCGGGAGCUGACGGACAGGUUGGACAGGAUAGAGGGCCGGGUGGGUAGGAUAGAGGACCGCUUGAUUGCGACAGAGGACCGCUUGAUUGCGACAGAGAUCAUUGCAAAAAUCGCUGAAAAUGCUAGGCGUGGUGAAGGGAAGUACGUUGCGGUCCCCAAUGCUCGUGGCGAAUACCCAGUUUCGCAGGGUCUACCUGCCUUAACUCAUGUGGACCAGAUCAGGGCACUGUCCACCGCUGACGUUGAUCGCUACGUUGCUUUUUAUUCCAGUCCCGGGCAACCAGCUCCUUCUCGUUCAAUUGACGGGAAAAAGCAUUUUAUAGCCAAUGAAAUUGGCUGUAUUGCCCGGUUAUUGUAA